CCUACUUAACAUUGAAUGGAAGAAGCCACACCUCUACAUUUCGCCUUGCAGUUGACUGUUGCUCGCCAGCAGUUUUCUUCGUCUGGGAACAGAAGAAAUUAGUUGGGGGAUGCAGGAGACGAAUUUCGACCCCCUGAUGAUUAUAAUAUUCGCAUGCUACUGCUUUCAGUAGCAGACUAGAUAGCCCCCUCCCUACACCUGUUCCGCUCUGUCUCGUGGUCGCGCAUGAACUGAAUCUCGAAGCGUUUAGACCUCACUUUCAUUGUUGACUACUGCGUGGUGGCUUGUAGUUAGUGAACAUGACUUCGGCAUACAGUGGUCUGGAUUUUCUUCCGGAUAGGAUGGUUGAAAGCCGGUUGAUGAGCUCGGAAGAUUCAGUCAACGGCAGCAACGGCAGCAAGAUGAACGGUUCCAUGGAGAACCUAGAUACUCCGGACCAUGACUCCAUCAAGAUGUUUGUUGGCCAGAUCCCGCGCUCCUGGACAGAAACGGAGCUCAAGGAGCUGUUUGAACCCUACGGAGCAGUGCACCAGAUCAACAUCCUCCGUGACCGCACUGCCACCCCUCCCCAGAGCAAAGGAUGCUGUUUUGUAACAUUUUAUACCAGAAAAGCUGCCCUGGAGGCCCAGAAUGCAUUGCACAACAUAAAGACAUUAACUGGGAUGCAUCAUCCCAUCCAGAUGAAACCCGCUGAUAGUGAGAAAACAAACGCGGUUGAAGACAGAAAGCUCUUUGUCGGCAUGGUGACGAAGAAAUACGGCGAGAACGAGGUCCGGAUGAUGUUCUCUGCUUUUGGACAGAUAGAGGAAUGCCGAAUUCUCCGAGGCCCGGACGGUCUGAGCAGAGGCUGUGCGUUUAUCACAUUUUCUACCAGGGCUCAGGCCGCGAAUGCAAUCAAAACCAUGCAUCACUCUCAGACUAUGGAGGGCUGCUCCUCCCCUAUGGUAUGUAAGUUUGCGGACACUCAGAGGGACAAGGAGCAGCGGCGUCUGCAGCAACAACUGGCCCAACAGAUGCAGCAACUCAACAGCGCCUCUACCUGGGGAAACCUGGCAGGGCUGGGAGGCCUCACACCGCAGUACCUAGCCUUGCUCCAACAGGCGACAUCUACUGGUAACCAGGGUGCUUUUGGUGGCAUGCAAAGGCUAGGAGGCGUCAACCAGCUUCAGCUUCAGAACCUGGCCACGUUAGCCGCUGCUGCCUCUGCGGCCCAAAACUCGGGCGGAUCCUCCAACGCCCUGUCAGCCAAUGGAGCUCUAGGUAAUCUGUAUAACUCAGCAGCGGGCCAGACGGCAGGGUCCGGAGCGGGCGCGGCCAUGAACACGCUGGCCUCUCUGGGCUUGACCCAGGGCCUGGGCGGGGGUCUCACCGGGGCCUCCAUGGGCCUGAACAACCUCAACGCCCUCGCCGGGGGGGUGAGCGUGUUAGGCAUGGCGGCUAUGAACGGAGGCCUGGGGGCGUCGAUGGCCAACGGCUCCGGGGCAAGCUCCAUGGACGCCCUGACCCAGGCCUAUUCAGGGAUGCAGCAGUACACGGCCUCCGCCCUGCCGUCCCUCUACAGCCAGUCCCUCCUGCAGGGAGCUGCCGGCGGGAGCCAGAAAGAGGCCUGGAGUCAGAGGGAGGGUCCUGAGGGAGCUAAUCUGUUCAUCUACCAUCUGCCCCAGGAGUUUGGAGACCAGGAUGUCCUUCAGAUGUUCAUGCCUUUUGGAAAUGUCGUUUCUGCCAAAGUCUUCAUCGACAAACAGACCAAUCUGAGCAAGUGCUUUGGGUUUGUCAGCUACGACAAUCCGGUGUCGGCCCAGGCAGCCAUCCAGGCCAUGAAUGGCUUCCAGAUCGGCAUGAAGAGGCUGAAGGUGCAGCUGAAGCGCUCCAAGAAUGACAGCAAACCCUACUGAUCAGGCGCGGGGCUGGGGCCUCCCCCCCUGGCUCAAUGUUAGCACUGCUAGGAACAAAAUCUCCAUGCCUGUUUGCUCAUCGUUAGCCUAGCAUGUCCUCAUGGUGUUGAAAGCCUAUCCCAAACUCGUCCUCUUCCUCCCGGCUUCUCCUCAUCAUCCCGUCACCAUUGUUGUCUCUCUAAAGCUCGCCUGACCAAUAGGCUGGCCCACCCACCCACUCCCCCACCCACCCACUGAUCUAUGGCAUUUGACCUUAGCUCAACCUGAUGACUGUGUCCCAAAUGGCACGCUGUUCCCUCUCUAGUGCACUACUUCUGAUCACGUUGUUUAACCAGGUCAAAGUACUGUACUAUUAUAGGCAAUGGGCUGCUGUUUUAGAUACAGACCCAUUUAUUUUGCAUGCAACGUACUACCCCCUCCUAGGUUUUUCUGUAUACAAUGUCAAGGGAGAAGAGGGAGUGAGGGGGUUAAAAUCAAUGUGAAAUCUUACCUGUGCUCAUUUCAUUUUAAAAUGCUUAGUUUUUAAUUUUUUAGCAAAUGCAGAAAAACCUGUUUAAUGCCUGUGGGAUUUUCUUUUUGUUCUUUUUAAUUUGCUUGUUUUUAUGUAGCUUGUUUCUUUGUACCUCUUCUCUCAGUAUGACGUUCACUUGAAAGUUUGAAUACAGGGACUAGCACCCCGCCGUGCUACUUAGUGCCAUUAGCAAUAUGUCCGCUUCUGAGACAAGAAAUACUAGAAGACUGAGUCCCAAAUGUAACCCUAUUUCCUAUGUAGUGUACUACUUUUCACCAUGGGUCAAGGGCUCCUAGUCAAAAAUAGUGCAGUAUUGUAGGGAUUAGGGUGUGAUUUCAGACCACUCGACUCUUAAGUCUGAUUCUCCUCCAGAAUCCCCCUCAAUGCUCUGUUUUUGUUCAGAUUUUUUGUCCAGAUAGGCUGUGUAAAGAUAUUAAAUGUUUUUCACCAAGGCUGUUUCAAGAAUUACUCUUGUAUUGGUUUUCAUCAAUGAGAAUAUGUGUAUUUACCUAAUUUGCUUUGUUACAUUUUUUUUUUCUUCUCCAAAAAUAUUGACGGCACAAAAGUGGUAGAUUUGCUCCGACUACCGGGAGAAAACAACUACCUACGUGAGUCUCAACUUUUUUAGAACUGAUUCUCAAAUAGACAAUCUGUGGUUUAAAUGCACACUUAGAUUACCUAUAUUUUAUACCAUUGAAUCUAUAAAGUUUAAAGCUAAGUAAGACGGAAACCCAGGUUAACUUUGGGGUUCUUUUGUAGAUUAUGUUGUGAUGUCAUCUGUGUUUUGGUCUUUAAGUGUGUCACGUUUUUAAAGAGGACUAAAUAAAAUCUGUUUGCUCGAUUUAACACAACACACAGCCUUUCAAAAAAAAAAAACCUAUUUAACUUGUAGUCAUGUAAUCCAUACCCACAUGUAUUGUCAUAAUUCCUUUCUGGAUUAUUUGCUAUUUUAACCUCUGCAAAAAAUAUUAUUUUCUUUUUAGACAAACCAGUUAGAGGUUCAGUAGAUUGUCAUUGUUUCAUCUUGGGGAAUAUGUAGACACUUGUUUUUCCUCCUUUGAAAACAGAGAACAGUUACAAUUUAGUGUUCAAUUCUUACUUAUGGUACGUGUUGAAUUUCUUUGAAUUUCUUGUUGAAAAUUUGUUUGAUAAAUGGAUGUUUCAGUUUUUUGGUUAGUAUGGAUGCCUCAUAUUGAACAAUAUUGUAUGUAACACAGAAGAGACCAUGCUUUUUUUCUUGUUUAAAAGUGCCCAUGUGUCAAUCUCACUUAAACACUAGUGUUUUAAGUUCUUACAGUUAUUCUUUAAUGUGACAGUGCCCAUUUUUACACACACACACACACACACACACACUCUGUUCUGUGACAGUAGUUACACUGGGAGCCCCUGAACGUGAGAGAUUACAUACAUGCAGGGGAAUUUUUAUUUGGUUGGACACGAGCGCACCCACACCUUUUCUUGGUUUGUUAUCAUCAAUAUAUAUGUGUGUGUAUAUACAUAUACAUACAUACAUACAUACAUACAUAUAUGUGUGUGUGUGUGUUGAUAUUAAACGUAAAAAAAAAAAAAGCUAUUCUGUUAACACUGCUGAACCCACAUCCAAUCAAAAGUGUUGGUUUACAAAGCAUUCCAUGACUUAACAUGUAGACACCUACUGAGAACAGAAGCGUUUUUCAUAGGGGUUGGCCUACUUUUUGUCCGUUGUACCCCAAAGAUGAUGGGACCGCCCCUGUUGUUUUAUAUCAAGCCCCCCAUCUCAAAGCAUGUCCCAAAGAAAGGCCCCCUCCCCCAAAAAUUUUUUGCAUCUGGGCUGUAUUCACUAGGCAAAUGACCGAAGCAAACAUGCUAAAAUGGGGAGGUGUUAUCUGAUCUCAAUUUGAUCCGGUCAUUUCUUAUAUGAACGUGUAUUGCCAUAGUGUGCACUAAUAAAUAGGACCAACAAGCCGCAACGAAAAGGUAAACUCAGGUUCGUUUGUGUUUGAGGUUCAGUUCUGUUUGGAAGAUGCAAGCACUGCCUACUGGAUCUCCUACUGCAGACUUGGGAGUAACCAGACACAAAAUGCACAAUUGUUGCCAAUUCAAACACAUCACGGUUUGUGUUUUCACCUGCUGACCCUAGAGGGCAUCAGUUCUAAUUGCAGCAGAGUUUUGGGAGUUUUUAUGUUUGAAUGGAAAUGAAAUCAGUUAAAUGCAGAAAUAUUGGGGGAAAUGUUCACACUUUCAUGCAAGUUUGUUUUUGUUUUUGAAGCAUGGGUUGGUGGCACUUCCCAUAACUAUCAAGGUACCACUAAUAAAAAUUAUUUCAUGUUGAAUAUGAUGGGGCAUGUGCUUUUUGCAGUGUGUUUUUAUAUCCAAAUGCAAUACAAUACUCAAAGUGCCAUAUACGUCUAGAAACUGCCUACACAGAAACUAUUAGGUCUUGGUUUGAGACUAGAGAUUGCUGCAGUUUUAUUUUUUUACUUUAUGUUAUGGAUAGCUGAGUGUCGUGAAGGCUAAAUCACUGGCUGAUGUUUUACCCUACUUUUUGUUUAGUUAUUGGUUUAAAUGUAACGUGAUAUGCUGUGUUUUUAACAAAUUAGGAAGUCAUUUGUGAAUAUUACUACACAAUAAACAAUUCAAACUUUUUCAAGACACCCCCCCAUUAAUGAGUGGAUGAAGUUGAUUCGGUCACAGUGUGUAGAUCUUUGAAUGCCCAGUUGGCAGAACAUGGUUGUGUUGAUUUAUUUAUUACUUAAAAGAAAUAUCAUUUUUUUCAACCAAAAUCUGGGAACUGUGCCAUAUUGUUGACCUUGAUUCACUUUUUUUUUCAACAUAAUUUGGCAUGUAGUCUACAACAAACCUAACUAACACUGGUUAGUGUUUGAGUAUAACCGGUAGAUGUAGAACUGUAAAAGGUGUCACCGUAACCCAUAAACAGUAUAAGCACAAUCUCAUGGCCCAGAUGGUUCAGGGUAGAGGAACUUGACUCUCACGUCGGGGGGCUUCCGUCACGGACGUUUUAGUUUGCGUUCCAAAAGACAUCCUACGACCCUGUAUGUAGUGCAUUUCAUAGAGCGCAUGGGGCUCUUGUGAAAGGUUGAUCACUAUUUGGGGAACAGGGUUUCAUUUGGGAUGACGCCUCAGCGCCCCUUGCUGCACACUGUCAUUCUCUCAUACUCUGAAGUGCUAUUUGACGAAGUAUGUGGUAGAUAUUUUUUUUAGGUAUUGUAUUGGUCAAAAAAAUCUCCUGUUUCUGUACCAUUUUCUUGUCUGAUUAUUGAUGUGACUCAUGUUCUACUCCACAUAAAUGAUUUGAUAGAUGUUUGUGUUGUCUUGAGAAAAGCCAAAUCACGGUGCAUCUUAAUGUGGUUUUAUCUGUAAAACAUUCUUAAAGUAGUAGUUUUCUGUUUUAAUUCAACUUUUUUGAAACUUGGGUGGGAUUUGAAAAAAACUAAAUGACGAAAAAAAACAACAGGCUCUUUCCAAUUUCUACAAUACUGGUUGUUCAUAUGUAUUUUGUACCAGUGAAGCUUUUUAUAUUGGAAAUAAUUAAAGAAAGAAAUCUAUAUUGGAAAAAAAAAUGUCUGGCCUCUCUAUAAGGCCUCGCCUUGACUGUGGGUCUGAAGUUUGGCUUCUUGGUGGUUGUCAGUGAGAACACUUUUGGUAGUAUGUUUAUGUUCCUUAAAAAUAAAACGACUAAUUGUUCUGGUUUCAUUAACUUGCUCUAUAUAUGUUCCUCACUUCAUUUUUCAUUUACUUUGGGGGGGGGGGGUGGGUGGGGUGGGGAUCCUAAAAUCGUGGUAAGUUUCAUGUUAGUGGUGUUGUGUGCUCUGUCCAGAUGCUCAUUAUGAAUGACCAUCUGGAUUUAUUAUAGACAACUUGUGUGGAUAGGUAAAUGAAUGUCUUAGUUUAAUAUAAAGUUUAUUUGUUGAUUAGUUCCUGGGCUUUUGCUUUUGACCUGUGUCGGUUGAUUUUUCUGUUUUUCCCCAUAGGAGUGGUGUGUAGUUGGAAAUCCGAGUCAAUGUUUUAUUUCGUAAAUGUUUGUUCAUGUGUGGUGUGUUUUUUUGCCUCUGUCUCCAAAAUUAAACCAUUUCCCCUAAUA